GCAACGACGCCACUGCACCCCAGAUUGAAAGAGGAGCUCCUGAGCCAAAGUAGCAGCGGGACCCAAAUCUCAAACGCCAGCGUUGUGUCCUUGGGAGAAGCAAUCAGGCAGAGGUCUCUCAUGACUCAGAACCCAGAAGCCUGGUAUCGUCCUUGUGCCGAAACCGAUGUCAGCAAUCUCGUGGGUUGGAGGCUGGGCCAAACCCCGGGGGGCUGCAACACAACAGAAUUCCCGACUAUGGAGGAAGGCCUGCUCACUCCCACCAUCAAUUUUGGAAGGCCUCAAGCGUCUGGAAUGACCCACUCCCCCAUCUUGGAGAUGGCGGAUAGCCAGCUGUCCCCCAACCUCCCGCUGCUGACGACGAAUGCAACCCAGGGCCAGACUUUCUUCAACGAGACUGUCGGUCAGCAAACAGGCCUGGAUUUUGCUCCCUUGAGAGCAACUCCAGAUGUUUCAGCCGCCGUCGCCGAGAGACCCACGGCACGUUUGCACAUCAGCGAAGCUGUGCAACUGGCAGCCCGGGAGGUUGACCCAGAGGCCUCCCGGGAGGCCUCUCUCUCCCAGCAUCCCCUGCCUUUCAACCUCACGGCUCCAAACAACGCCAGCCUGGGCAGCUACUUAUCGCAGCACCCACUGAAUUCCCCCGAACACAACCCUGCGGAGCAGAAGCAUUGGCCUGCUUACCUCAGUGCCAAACCCCCAGACCCCAAGGGGGAGAAUUCACAGGUGCCAUGUUCACCGAUGUGGCCCAACCAACCCCUGGCCACACAGCGCCUUCCGAACGAAAAUUGGAGAGCUGCACCCAGCCAAGAGGUGUUCCGUUUGGACCACAGCCUGCCGGCUCCUCUCCUCCUCGACUUGCGGGAGGAUGAGAUGGGCUUUCCCAAGCACGAUGGCUUCCUGACUUCCGGAGACUCGCCGUGUAAAAGUGGCUUGGGAAAGGAUCCGGGAGAAAACGUAAUUAACCAGCUAAUGGUGAACGUGGACCUGUCGGAAAGAGCCCCCAAACUGAUGCUGGAACUGCGCCAGUCGAAAGGCCAAACCACCCCUCCACCGGAGUCACCCCGGCCACUUUCGGAUACGGCAGGAAAGACCUGGAGACGGGCUAGCGAUCCGGAAACGUUCGCGGCAAACCUUUCUCCAACCUUGAUGUCCCCCAGGGCUCCUAGGCUUGGUUCAAUGGAUUCUUGCGUGAUCCCCGAGAGAUCUCUGACCACGAAUCGUCCGCACGCGGGCGAGAAAUUUCAAAGCAGGGCCGAAGAAGACCAACGAAAAUUGACACAAGCUCCGGUUGAUAGUAAACCUCGUGCUUCGCCGGCGUUCCAGCCGAUCCCGGUGGCCGCAGACAUCAGCGAUUGGACGGACGCCUCAAAAUCCAACCUGAUCAGCGUGAGAAAAAAUGAACUAACGCUCUCCGGGAGAGUAGAGAGAGAGCCCAGAAAUAAUGAAAUCUCCCCUUUCGACGAGGCCUCCUUCUUUGUACACCUGGCUCACCCGAUUCAUCAUUCCACGCCCGGUUUUUGCACAACCAGAGCCUUGAACCGCGAAGGGCCCGGUGCGGCGUUGCCAUCCCGAUCAGGAUUUCAACAUCCUCUUUCUUGCUUGCACGAAGAAAUGUCAAAGACCCUGCACACCAAUGCGCGCGAUUCUUCAGCGACGGAGCCUCUUCAAAACCCCUGCCCCUUUCCCACGAAAGAGAGUUUUGUGUCGCAAGGCCCCCCGGCUGUGCCAAACGACAAGGGUGACGGUUUUUCCGCUCUUCAACCUCUGAAUGGCCGGUUUCAGUCCAUGCCUUCUCUGAAUUUCGAGGAAAAGGUCAGAGCGUGGCACCUGAGCUAUUCGGUUGAGAAGCUGCCUGAAGUGUCCGGUUUGGGGACCCCCGUGCCUGGUCCAGGUGGCGUAUCCCCCAGGCGGAAGGACUACGAUGCGAUCGCCGAUUCCUUGACCCGCAUCCUGCUCAAGCAGCAGAGUCUAGCUGACCCUAAGGCUGCCCCUUUUUAUGGGCCGAGCUCCAUGACCGAUCUUCACAGCUCCCAGAAGGAGCCUCCUCCGCGGGCAUUGCCCUUUACCCGCUCGCAGUCGGAAACCUCGGUGAGCGCCCUCAGCCGAGAGAUUUCGAGGACAGACGUAGGGAACGAAAACAGAGCUGACGACGCUCUUCGGCAAGCCGAGGUCCACACGGACGCUUCCACGGCCUCUCGGAUCCAACCAACCAUGCCGGCUGAGGAAGACACGCUUUGCCGUAGUUACAGAGCCGUUCCCGUCUUCGUUACGGCCUCCAACGACGAGGAAAGUGUUAGUACGGGGAGACCUUCGGAGACUUUCAUCGAGGUCAGGAGGAUGGCCGAGCUCCUACGAGGGGAAACCAGCUCAUGUGAUGGGAGAAAAGAGGACUUGCGGGGGCCCGAAGAGAAGGCGAGGGAACCGUCGGGCUGUGGGUUUCAGGCCGGUGAAAUGAGGAUGGAUUACUUGAGAGAUCUUUCCCCGGAUGAUUUAAACCAAGAGACCGAUUCCGGAACAGACAGCUGUACGGAUUUCAGGCUGUGUUCCAGAGUGUUGUCCGGGUCUCCUCCGGCUUUGAACAAGCUGCAGAGCAGUUUGGAAGACGAACUGCAAACUUCCCAUCACAGCGAGCUCAAUAUUGACGAGAGAAUACCGGUGUACCUCCACAACCUGGGCAUCGAUCAGUCACCUUCUUCUAUUCUGACGCCGUUUUUGCCUCGGGGACCCAUUCGCGAGAUCGAAUUCUCUCCCACGGAGCUCCGGACGCUGAAAGCCUCGUCUGAUGUCUUCCGCCUGCACCUCUCGGAAGACUCGCAGUCGGUGAAAGACGCCACGCAGACAACCUUCAACUCUUCGCUGCUCAGUGGCUCCGCUCUGGCAGGUUCGGCCGUUGACUCUGACACAUGGCAGCCCGCCAAGCCUUCUCCGCAACACACCAGAGAUCUCCUCCAGCCGAGCAGCUCUCCUUGGAAACCUCAUGCUAUCGCGCCGCCUCUCAACGUGUCCGUUCCCGAGUCCCCACCCGCUCCUGUUUCAACUGAAGGGACUCACGUCAUCCCAGGAUCUCCCUCCAACUCGGCCGGGCAAAGAUCCACAAGACGCGUGGCGUCGCCAGAGGACAAUUUGGGCCCGAACCAACUUGGCGCGAGUCGAGUAAAACCCGGCGCUUCGUCUCAGGACAACGAUGAGAAACCUACAAGCGAAGAAAUUGCGCGAUCUUUCAGCUCAAUUCCAGGGGGAGGGAGAAAGGAUUCCUUCAUAGGGUCAGACGCCCCAGAAGAGAGCCAGAAGCUCCCAUCCGAGGUAGACUCCAGACCUUCAAGCGGAAAAUUCAGAUAUCGUUUAUCCAGCUCUUCUUCUGGCUCGUUAAAACAGAUCGAUCGAGGCGAUUUAUACGGAGGUCCCGGAUCCAGCGAGAUCCAAAGAGGUUGGUCAUGGGACGGGAGCAUGGCCAAGCAGGAGAUCACCGGUAGUUUAAAUUGGGAAGAUCUGCAGCUGGUGGACGUAUUCAACAAGGAGCCAAUGGUAUCUCAAGAGCUCAGGUCGGGAUCCCAGAAAGCCAACGAAGACCGUGGGAUGACAAAACCCAUCACGCGGUCAGAUCCCGAAGGUUGCACCAGGGCGUCUGUGAACCAGAGUCUUCCGCUUCCAACAGACAGAUGUCCAGACAUCCAAGCAAGCCCUUCUCCCAACCUCCAAGAGAUCCAAUCUGUGUCCAAUAUGGACGACGUGGCUAAACUCUUGAGAGGUUUCCCGUGCGUCGAGGAAAGUCGUCCGAAAGAGAUUGGCGGCUCUCAGGAAAGCACCAACAGCAGCAGCGUGGACUCUCUGGGCAUCCGAAUGAAGAAACUUCUCCAGUACGGACGUCCUGCGAUCGACCGAGCGCCCUGGAUGGAGACGGCGGAGGAACGCGAUGGGUCAGCUCCGAAAGAGUCCUCCGUGUCAUCUGCUGGUUCAGCGUUCCUCAGAGGGGAAGGCGGGGCCCAAAGAAGCGAUACCGGCAGCAGUAUGGACUCGUUGAUGGUAAGGGUUAAAACCCUCCUGGAAGAGGAACAGCCUGUGCUGCAUGCAACCCAGAUACUCCGGAGCGUAGAGGAAGAAGAAGAAAAAGCCCGUGCCUGGGUGAGACUGAAACUGGCUACGGAGCCUCACUUCUUCAUUCCUGAACUGACCAAGGAAGACAGGCAGUUGAUACAACAGAUGAGGGAGCAGCUGUCGUCUUCUGGAGAAACGGGACAUCUGGAGAACCAGCAAUGGAGAAGCAGCACCUUCCAGAAGCUUCCAAACUUCAGCCCGGCUGCAUCGGUAGAGUUGGGCUCCUUGCAGAACCUAGGAGGCCCCGACUUGCAAAAGGCCCUUCAGAAAUAUGGUUUGGAACUAGAUGAGUUCUCCGGGCAAAACGCGGCCCCUGCGACGGAGAGCUCCUUAACACCCGAGCCAGAGGUUAAACUCUCUCGCAGUGCCCUCAUUCCUAUCUCCAGCCAACUACAGCCACCUCCCGAUAAUGCCUUGGACUCCAAAGCCAAUUCUCACCUUCCCUUGGACACUAAUCUCCUGGGGGCCUCAAAGCCCCCCACGCAAGAGGAAGGGAGCGUAGCCGCCCCAUUGCAUCUCUCCGAGAGCUCCACGUCCGUUGAAGCUGCCAUUCAAAUCACCUCGAUCACUUUUGCCUCGCGGAGGAGGUCGCCUUCUCCUUCCCGCGUCCUCCGGAGUGUCCUCACCGACGUUUCCCCCGCUCACGAUCUCGUAUCUCCGGAAACCCGGCCCGCGAACCCCCAGGAACGGCAGAAGGUGGACAGCUCGCCGCUGCAAAGUUACAAAGCUUGCCCUCCCGCCGGCUUCACGUCAGAGAAGAACGUGGCAUCUCCUUCCGCCAAAGUCUGUCCUCCUCCCCUUGGGUCUCUCAAGGCGGCCAGAGACGACCCUCGCCGAGAAGAUUGGGGCCCCUCUCCGAAGGAAUCCCCAAGAAGAAGCCUUGAACCAAAGGGCCUCGUUCAACAGACUGACGAGGACGAGCACCCUUCUGAUCCAAGUCGGGCCGAGCAGAGGCGCUACGCGAAAACGCUGGACGAUACUUACGCUAACAGAUCGAACCUGGAAAGGCCAUUGCCUCCGCCAAAGACGGGCGAUGUGCGUCCCCAGAAUUUCUCGGCCGGUGAUGCAAGAUGUGCUGCUCCGAAGCUCCCUUUUCCCGCACGCAAAGAAAAGACGCCGAUACGAGAAGAUUUGUCCACGUCUGAUUCGUAUUUACACAAGCCCAGGCGUAGAGGCGAUGGCAGUACUCCUCUGUUACACUUCGCUUCCCUCGAUUGUAUUUCCACAGCUGUGCCGGUGUCGCCUCUAUCGCCCACAAGGAAAGCCUUGUCUGGUGUCCACCUUACUCUCUCCCCCAAGCGUGUGGAAUUGGACCUUUUGGGACCCGCGGAAGCUGGUCCAGAAGGGAGGCAGGUGGAGGUUCUUAAGCCAAACGCUUCAGAUGUCCCCGGUCCGUCCUCCAAGCCCACAGUAUCGAAGCGAAAGGCUCAAGGAUCCUCCUACUUCUCCCGAGAGGCAUCAUCUCAAGAGGUUCCAGAGGGGGGUGAACCAGCCCUACACCAGCACGUUCAAGAGUCCCGGGCAAUCCGUGGUGGUGUAGCAGACGCCGGGACACGGAGCUCAAGGGCAAGUGACAGCCUGAAGGCGACGGCUUCUUCCCAAACCGAGUGGAUGUCUUCGGAUGCCAUCACUCAAAUCACCACGGAAAGCCCGCAGAAGACCACCUAUUCUGCCGAAAUCUUUGUCUCUGCUGAGAACGGGGAAGCUCCCGAUCGUCCCAAGAGUCCCCCAAACCCCGACGACACGAUGCUUGGUCUCCCCAAGAUCUCUGCUUUGGAUGGACAAGCUGGAGACCGGCCAUUGGUGCUGCCUUACAAACCUCCCGGCUGCUCGGAGGUGUAUUACGUUCCCUGCGGGAAAGAAACCUUGAGGAUCUCGAGGGUCCGGUCCGAGACCACCGUGGAGAGCUCCCAUUCAGGCUCCAACGAUGCCGUCCCUCCAGACUUCCCCCCGCAGGUGCUGGGUUCGAGGAAGGAUCAUCCGUCGGACACGGCAAUCGUCAAACACAAAGAGGGCAUUUAUAGUAAGAAGGCGGCUCCCAGGGUGGGCUGGAUGGAGGAGAAAACAGCAACGGCAACGACAACCCCAGGCGGGCCCAGAGGAAGCUGCAACGGCCGGAAUUCCUUGGAAUCGCUCAAAACGUCCCACUCUGGCUGUGAAUCUGCUCCGCUUCCCUUGAAACCGCCUUUGCAGGAUGAGCCAGAUCCCCCACUCAGGAGCAGGGCUUCGGGGCAGGUGGACGCGGCUUCCAGGGGUCCAGCCCCUCCCCCCCAGGAUUUACUGCGGCGUAAGGGGGCCCUAGAAAGCAGCCCCUCACCGUCGGCCCCUCUGCAUCUGACCCAAAGGGAAGAUCGUUUCAUCCCGCUGACCGUCGAGGUAGAUUAUAGUUUUCUCGAGGAGAUCAGAUCCAUGCGCGCUUCCAAACGAGAGCUUCCCGAUGUCCCAAAAACGAGCUUUGGAAAGGCGAGUCCGCUUCCUUCGGGGAGCCAGACGAUUAAGGAGAAGCGGGUAGCGGAUCGACCGAGGGGGCCGAGCGCCCAUCGGACCAGCACUUUAGAUGAUCUUUGGGCCACGUAUCUGGAGCGACAGAAGGAGCGCCGGCAGCUGAAGGCCGCCGAAAGCAACCCGAGAACCGAGCUGUCGCUGGUGGAGCGUCUGGACCGGCUGGCUAGGCUCCUGCAGAACCCCCUCCGGCAUUCGCUGGCCCUUGUCCUGGAGGACCAGAAGGACAGCCAGAAGGAACCCAGGAGGAAAGUAGCGAGGCUGGGCAGCCCUCGAGAGAAAAAGAUGGCGGCCCGAAAGAAAGUGCCGUCGCGGCCCAGCGUAGAAUCCUCGGAGGAAGCUCUCGUCGGCCCCAGCGGCACCUGGUGCUCCAAAUCCAGGUGUCCGAAAACGGGACGCCCCGGAGCUGUUGAACCCGGGGCUAGGAACUGGGAGGGGUCCCUGUCCUCCCAGACUCCGAGCGAGACGUCUUCCGAGCGGAGGCUGCCGAGAGACGCCAGCGUGAUAACCGACGUGACCUCUGGAUCGGAGGGGACGCGGCUCGACACCGAAAGCGCCACGCAGACGGAGGCCAGCGGGUCGGUGUCGACCAUCAGCACGGCCAGGUUGAUCCGAGCUUUUGGGCAGGAGAGGGUGGAGGUGUCGCCCAAGCUGUCCCAGCUCUACGGCACCAUCGACUUGCAGAAGACGCGCUCGGAGACCUGGCGGAAGCGCGGCAAGAAAGCCAAGGGGGAGGGCUACCCGAAAAUGGUCCACGUGGAACAGCAAAGGAGGGAGGAUCAG